CUUUCCCCGAUCUCUCCCCCUCGACAGUUUCUACGGUGUCGCGAUAUUACUCCACUCUGGCUGGCACCCAGGCCGUGUCAUCCACUCGUUCGCCUGAUUUCACUGCUGGCGAGGUGAUUUGGCUAAGGGUCCAGGGUCCGUCCUGAAUAAGGGCGGACGGUAAUUUGGUGCUAGUUUCGAGGGGCUCCUGCGGAACCACUCCUUCACAAGAGUUGCGCGCGGGGUGUUCUUUGAAUCCUCGAUCUACAAUUGGUGUGUGGAUCACUACUAGGUUGCCGCUUGGACGAGCGUACUUCGAACUUGUCGAUGCCUGAGUGCAUGUGAUCGGUCUCUUCUUGCGAAAUUGUACCUCGCCCUCUUCUUGUGGGAAAAAAUGGAUUUCUCGGCGACCAUGACACCGGAUGACCUUUCGGUCGCGGAUGUUUUCAGCCCGCAGGCCGACAUGUCGCACUCUCGUGCGGACAUUACCAUUAACGAUGGCCAAGAAACCGGCUUCCGGAUUAGUGCCCGUAGUCCUGAGCGGAAGGUCGCAAUGAUGCCCCCCGCGGGGGUCAAUGGCGCCAAACCCUUCCCUGCGCCAGAUUUGAAUGGGAACCUCUUGGCUGGGAAAGCGGACCGUCGUAAGAAGAAGAAAAAGCAGGCGGCCGCUGCUCACGCGGUGGCUCCGGCCAUCUCGACCGUGCGUGGAUUCACCCCUCGCGGCUCGGGCGACGAGGACUCGGACCGCUCAGCCUGCAGUUCGCGCGCGCCGAGCUCCCGUCCCCGUCCCCGCGCGCCAACCGGGACCGGCCCCAGCAGCCCGUUGGUCCAACCUGCCACCGGGUGUGGGGUGAGCGCCCUGAAGCUUCAGCUGGAUUCCAUGAGCCUGUCCGGCCAGGGGACCCGCUCGGAGACGCCCAGCAAUGCCAGCGUCUGCUCGGACAGUGACCAGACGGAAGUACUGACCAGCUAUGAGGUGCCUCUGGAGCAUGACUACGUCAGCGCCGAUGUGGUGGCGGAGGAAAAGUCGCAGGAGGCGUCGAACGGGCGCAAUGUGCGCACCCAGCAGCUCUGCCGCAAGAUGGCGUCUGACGACUUCGAACCGCUGCUUUGCUUGGGCAAGGGAUCGUUCGGGACCGUGCUGCUGGUGCGCCACGUCCUGACGGGCAAGCUGUAUGCGCAGAAGCAGUUCCGCAAGGCGUCGAUCACCGUGCACAAGAAGCUGGUGGAGCAGACCAAGACGGAGCGCAUGAUUCUGGAGAGCGUCAACCGCCACCCGUUCGUGGUCAAGCUAUUCUACGCGUUCCAGGACCACGAGAAGCUGUACCUCAUCCUGGAGUACGCCGAAGGCGGCGAGCUAUUCCACCACCUGGCCAUGGAGCGCAUGUUCGACGAAGACGCGGCCGCCUUCUACAUGGCGGAGAUGGUGCUGGCGCUGGAGCACCUGCACCAGACGGUCGGGGUGAUCUACCGGGACCUCAAGCCGGAGAACUGCCUGCUCGACAAGGAAGGGCACCUGCUACUGACGGAUUUCGGGUUGAGCAAGAUCGCCGUCAGUGAUGACGACCGCUGCAACUCGUCGCUGGGGACGAUCGAGUACAUGGCCCCGGAGGUCAUCCAGGGCAAGCCCUACGGCAAGGCCUGCGACUGGUGGUCCCUCGGUGCCUUGGGUUAUGAUCUGCUCACGGGAUCCCCGCCCUUCAAGGCGAACAACAACGCCAAGCUGCAGGAGAAGAUCCUCAAGCAGAAACUGGCGCUGCCCUACUUCCUGGGCCCGGACGCCAAGGACCUGCUGACGCGCCUCCUCCGCAAGGAACCCGCCAAGCGGCUGGGGUACCACAUGCCCAAGGAUCUGCAGACGAUUAAGAACCACCGCUUCUUCCGCAAAAUCGACUGGAAGGCCCUGGAGCGGCGCGAGGUGACUCCGCCCAUCGUCCCCGUGGUGACGGACCCGGCGCUGGCGGAGAACUUCUCGGUGGACUUCACGCAGCUGCCGCUCAGCCCGAUUGUGCAUGGGUUUGAUGAACACUACAAGGCGUCUCAGGCGGCGGUGCCGCCGGUCUCGCUGGGACUGGGGGAGAGUAAUCCGUUUGGCGGGUUUAGUUUUGUGGCGCCGAGCAGUUUGCUGGACAAGGCGAUUGGAGUGUGAUCAGCGGAUAGAUGGUGUUUUCCCGGCGUGGCUCGCAGCUUGCAUAGCUUUCAUGAUCGAUAUAUUAUUCAGUUUGAACAGUAGCUCAAUGCAGUAGCUCAAUGAAUUUUCAGCAACGGUAUCGGCUGAGCCGAUGAUUGACCAGUCUGACUUUUCAAAGCCGCCCCCCUUCGAAGUGUUACCAACAAUAGCUGUGCGUGCUCAAGCAGAUACG